AAUCUGUCAAAAAUUUUAUCGAACCUCCUGUGCCGCGUUGUAAAGUUUAUGUAAUUUCUAAAUGAAAAUAAGUGCUAGUAUUGUAUUUAUAACCUCAUAAUAAAGUACAAUGACGCGAAGAGCCGACCCGGAUAAAUUUACUGUGACAAAACAGGCGUUACUACCCGGUAUAUUGUUCUCGUUGCUUGUGAGAUGGUGCGUGGCUGCUUAUCCUUAUUCUGGAUACAAGAAACCUCCAAUGCAUGGUGAUUUUGAAGCACAGAGACAUUGGCAAGAAAUAACAGUGCAUACGCCCGUUCUUAAAUGGUAUCAUAAUACGACGCAGAAUGAUCUGCAGUACUGGGGGUUGGACUAUCCACCAUUGACGGCAUAUCACAGCUUGCUCAUGGGGCUGGUGGCGGACUGGCUGGAACCAGAAUCAGUGCGUCUCUUUGCGUCGAGAGGUUACGAAAGCGAUUCUCAUAAGACUUUCAUGAGAUGGACUGUUUUUCUCAGUGACAUUUAUUUGUAUGUGACUGCAGUGCUGUGCAUAUGUAUUGAUGCUGAAAGAGUGCUUGGUAAAGAGCCUAAAGAACCAAAGUGUGUUCUGAAGAGAACAGACAUAUCAACCACAUUAUUUUUACUGUACCCCGGCAUUAUUCUGAUUGACUAUGGCCACUUUCAGUACAAUUGUGUGUCCCUUGGCUUCUUUUUGUGGGCAACAUUCUUUAUAAUAGCUAUUAAGAAUGAUACUUUGGCUACUAUAUUUUUUGUUUUAGCUCUGAAUUACAAGCAAAUGGAGCUGUAUCAUGCUCUGCCAUUUUUCUUCUAUUUGUUAAGGAAAUGUUUCAUAGGUAUGCCACUGGGUAGGGGCAAGCUGUCUCACUUUGUCCGCUGCUUCAACAAGCUCGCUGUGGCAGUGAUCGCUACAUUUGUAAUUGUGUGGUAUCCAUUCCUAAAAGGUUGGGAACAUAUUUUUCAGCUUGUACACAGGCUGUUCCCAUUGGAUAGAGGUAUUUUCGAGGAUAAAGUGUCCAAUGUAUGGUGUAUGGUCAAUGUGUUUAUCAAAUUGAAAACAAUUUACAGUAACCAGGAGAUGGCAAAGACUUGCCUACUGAUCACGGCUAUGGCUGCGGGUCCAGCCUGUGCCGACUUAUUCUUUAGAAUCAACAUAAAGAAGUUUGUUCCCUGUCUGAUUAAUGUGUCCCUGGCAUUCUUCUUAUUUUCAUUCCAAGUUCAUGAGAAAUCUAUUUUGUUAGCCGCUAUACCUGUGGCAUUAUAUUUCCCCGAGGACCCGUUCAUGUGUUUCUGGUUCUUACUAGUCUCUACAUUUAGUAUGCUGCCUUUAUUGCUCAAAGAUGGUCUUCUUUUACCUUUUAUUGCGAGCACUGUAAUCUAUACAUCCUUCUAUAGCAUUUGUUUGAAGUUAUCGCAGCCCAAUUCUGGAUAUUUCUCAAUUUUCAAUGCUAAUAGAGUGAAUAAGAUUGUGUAUCCGAACAAGAAGGAUUCCUCUCAUGUCUUAACCUUUUUGAGUCUUAUUUUUGUGAUAUCUGUGGUUGGUAUGGUGUUGUUAACUGUGGGUACAGUGUUUGUGAAGCCUCCUCCGCACCUGCCUCACCUCUUCCCUCUGCUCAUCUCGGCAUAUUCCUGUGUACAUUUCCUUUUCUUUUUCUUCUAUUUCUAUUAUCAACAAUUUUCUCUGCCAAUGUGCUUGCCCUGUGUCAGCCAGAAACAAAAAAGAAAGUAAUUGGGUACUUACCUACACCAAAGGACUGCCUAACUUAAGAAUUUUAAACAUUCUAGCUACAACUUAGUUAAUUUUAAGACUUUUUAUAUUCUGUAUUUUCAUACAGUCAGUGUUGUGUAGUGUUUGGUGAUUUUAAUGAACAACUUUGUUUUAUGUAAAAAUGUAUUUGUGUACCAAAAACAGCAUGUGUUUGAAAUUUUAAAAAUGUCAUUCCAAUAAAGAUUUUAAGGGAUUUGUAGAUUGCACAAA